AUGGCUGCAAAUUUUAACGGCGCAUUUCAGCCCUUUAAUCAACAAUUCUUGUGGGUAAGUUACAAAUCACGCUACUUUCUAUAAUCUAAGCUAUUUGAAAAAAACUGAUUUGGAAUAUGCACAGGCUACAUAGCUUGUUCGAGGAGCGAAGGUUUUUAACAUACAGAUUUCAGUUAGUUUAUUUCAGGUUAGUUGUAAACAUUUCUAUAUUAAAUUUUCGUGAAAAAAGAGUACUUGUUCCAGACGUCUUCCUUCUCCUAAACUGUAAGAUAUCAACUUCUUUCCUAAUAGAAAAAAGGGGUUAAAAAACAUACACGUUGCAUAAAACGGUAAUGAUUAUCUGCUUCAGGGCACAGAGAAGGCUCACUAAAUUUUAAAUAUUAUUGUUGGCGCAAUUCCUGGAACUUAGCUAGGAUUACAAGGAAAUCAACACUAGCAGCAGUUCAGGAUCACUGCGUUUUCGGGUUCAGGUUUAACUGCUGUUGAGUUAAGACAAUAGUGACACCUUCAACGGAUCUGAAACCAUCCUUAAACAAACGUCCGAGCUUUACUACAAUAAAUGAAAUUGAUGUCAGUGUUUUCUCUUGUGGAUAUAAAUAUAUAUACAGUCCGAGAUAAUCGAGUCGAGAUACAGAUGUCAGUGAGCUAAAAGUCUUCCGAUAGUUUAGUUCUGGUUUGUCCAAAAGGAUCAGAGGGAUUUAGAGUUAACAUAACGAAACUCGCUUUAGAGUUAGUUGGAAUGAACUGGGGAGUACCUGUAUUAACAGGGAGAUUUUAGAAAUGACUGCUUUCUUAAGAAAGCGCUUCAUUUAGAUGUUUCGGCCGCUUUUAUGCAGUCUAACUCUUACUUACUUCUAAAACUGAAUGCCCUUAACGCUGAUGUAGUGCUUUACCCUUCUUAUACACCUUCCCAACUGCGUGAGUAAACAUUUGAUACAGAGAUAGAAUAGAUAUCAUUGAUUUACUCAAAUGAAUUGGUCUUAUUCUUAGCUGAAGAAAAGGAAUAAUUUUAACUCUUUGUUUCUUUAUUAGCCACCAGUAGGGUACAGCCACGAAGCCGCCUUAUUAGGCAUCGAACCUCCCGCCCAAGUUGAGAGUACUCAGGUUAAAAAUGAGUUAAAGGAGAAAAUCAAGACGAAGUAUAACGGAACUGAGCUUCCACAAGUAGAAAUGAAGGAACCAGAACCUCCAAAACCAGUAAGUAAAGUACAAAUUUACGCUUAAGAAAUGUUAAUAUGUGCUUUUGAUAUAUCAGUGUACAUGUAUAAACUGUGCGGGCAGGGAAACGUACGGCGACAAAGCGAAGCCCUUGUUCCUGCGAGCUCGGUGAAUCGGAACAUGCAAGUCAACACUAUACGAACAUUUAGCUUUGAAUCCUCAAUUAAAAAACACCUCAGAUUUAGCUCACUUUCCUCAUAUAUUGCAAAGAAAUGUAAUAUGUUCAUAAUGACUCAUUUCUUAUUGCUGAUAUAAUUUUUGAACAAGAGAGAAUGAUUAUGAAUACGCAUCAAGAAUAAUGUCAUCAUAUAUUUUUUACAUUUUUUAAACUAUUCCUGGGCCAUUCCAAUUUUAACACUUUACCACCAAUAUUUCAGUUCUCUCCAUUGAAAAUGAAAUAUUUUCCCAUAAGUUUCAUCGCAAUACGGUCAGGCAAAAGUGCGUUCAUUAAUUCAAGCGGUCAUUUUAUUUGGUCCAACUGAUCGUUUGAUGAUUAAAGCAGUUGUAGCUAGUUGUCCGUUUUGUUUUAUUUUAUUUAACUGCCUUUGGCAGUGAAAUUUUUUCGAAACAGUGAAAUUGAAAUUUACUGGAAAACGAAAAAGUGUCCGUUUUUUUAGUUUCUACUCCUCCUGCGAAAAUAUAGAGUUAUAAAAAGAGUUAAAAAUUGCGUUGUUUCACUUUUCUUCUGUACCAAAUUUCGUAAACUCUCGAGAUCUUUUGCUUUCGAUUUGUUCGGGAAAAACGGAUUAAAUACCACCUGUUUAUCAUUAUUUUGGGGGAUAUGCCGUUCUAGUUGUAAUUAAAGAAAAAUCCCAUCAGAAAUCAGUCCCAUAAGGAAUAAAAAUAGCCAACUUGUUUAAUAUCAUGGCUUUAAAAUUGUUUCUCGUUUUUUUUUUACGUUGUAUAAGUCGUUGUACAAACGUGCGUCAGACUGCAUGAAUAGAACCAAUAUAUGAAUAAGUUUCUAAUGUCAUGAAAUGUUCUAUAAAUUUUUUCUCACAGAAAUCUAGUAUAUUUGUUAAGAAAAUAGUGCAUCGGGCUAUCGGGCCAAUAUCGAUACUCUCGUGCUCGUUAAACAGACCAAGAGAAGUCUCAACAUGCCAUGAUUUUAACAAAGGACGUGAUAUAUUUUUAUCAAAACAACAACAAGGAUAUACAAAGAAAAAAGGCAGCGACGAAGUAAAGAUACAAAAAAAAUUGAGGUCGUAAGUGGGUCAUUGCAGUUAUCUAAUCUCUUAUCUCAGUUCUGAUGAACUAAACUCGCAGUCAGUCGCGCCAAUCAGUUCAGGCGAUUUUAGGUUCAACGGCGUACAUUCCUCCCCAAACAUAUGACCGAUACUCAUUUGGAUUAUUUUGGGUGUUAAUUCUGGUGCUUUUGAGAAUCAGGGGAAUUCUGUUUCUUUUAUUGAUUGUUUGUAGAGAGACAGAUUCGAUCAGUGUGUCACCUUAAAAGACAGUAAAAAGGAUCUCUAUUUAUUAGCAAAAGAGACGGACGGGGACUCCCGGUCCUCUUCAUUUCUGCAAGAGAGUUUUUACAACGGUUACAUCCAGAAAAGUCAAAAUAUUUAAUUGCUAAGAGAAAGAAAAAAAAAGCACAUGUUGUAUUCGCCAUUUUCACAUCUCCCAUGAUACACCUUGUUUGCCCUCUCUCGCGGUUUGCCCCCCAAAGUUAUGUUUAAGAAUUGCCUUUUAUUUCCCUGGAGAGGACUGUAACACCCAGGAGAAAUAAAACACAAAGGUUAUGCAACGUUUUGGUGGGCAAACAAGGUGUGUUAUGGGCGAUGUACUAAUCGCGAAACAUUGAAUUAUGCGCCUACAUCCUUGACCCAUUUUACGAAUUUCUUACUUCGGUCAAAGCUUUGUAAGAGUAAUUUUUCAUGAAGAAAAGUUGCGUUAACGUUGUAAGGUGGUGCCAUCCACUGCAGUAUGAUAAAGGAAUAAAAGAAAGUACAUAAAUUGUACUAAUCACUCCGGUUUUAAAGUUCAGAUUACAAGAAAGCAUAGACCAGUUUUAAAUUUAUGUAUUCAGAAUUCAUUGUCCGAUCCGUUCGUACCGCUUCUUCGAUUCCAGUUAAUAGAGUGGAAUAGUUAUGAAACCGCGUCAGACUCCUUUGCCCUAUUUUUUUUUUUUUUUGUGGACUUGAAGGUGCACAACGUUUAAUAGCAUUCCUAUCAUUUGGAUCUUGUUGACAAAUAAAGACGUCCCAUUAAUUUAUUGUGAACCGUCAGGGCGCUUACAACAUAAACUGAAGCACGGUCUUUGAUAACCAGUCUCUUUCACUAACUAUGAUUCCAUGCCAUGCAUGCAGAGUCUGUACAUUUAAUUUCCUGAAUUUCAUGAAGUGUGGUCUAGAAGUAAUAGAUCAAACAUGAGACGCAGUGUUUCAUCACUAGAAGAAACAGAAAGAAGAGAAUUGAAAAUACCACGCGCGGCCGAGUAUUUUUGACGAACUUCGAGGUGUUUCAUCAGGUGAUGAAACACUGUGUCGAAUUCUUUGCCUGAUAUUACUUCUCAAACAAAAUAAUUUAAGACGGAGAAAUUAAGCAUGCAAAAAUGAGCAGUUUCUCAUCCGAUUUCCAAACACUUAUUAAACAUUUAACUUCCUUUGUAUUUUCGUUAUGAAUUAUUAAUGAGUUUGAGAACUGAGUGUGAUGGAUAUGUUUAUAUUUUUCCUUUUUAGAAAGUGAAAGAAGAUCCAGAGGUUUUGAAGAGGAGAAGGGAACGAAACAAGAUUGCGGCAACAAAAUGUCGAAAACGAAAGAGAGAACGGAUUGAAAAACUCCAACAGGUAUUGCUUACUCUUAGAGUAACUAGUUAUGAUUGCUUAUCGUUAAAUUAGAAAAACUGUCUGAACUGUACAGAUCUGAGCAGGAGAAUCUUUAAGCCCGUAUCUCUAAGCGCUAGUGAAAGGCAAAGUUCUGAAUUGCAAAAUCCAUUAGAAAUUUGCGUGUACCCGUCUAUCUUAUUUCAACCGUAAACUUCAACAUUAUGCAAUUUUAAGAUUUCUGAAGGUAUUCCAAAUCAUAAGUUCUAUCAUGUCUAUGAUCGCAUACCAAUCAUGAUAUAUAUAAGCAACGAAAAAAAAGACAGAUUUUUACAGGAUUAGUCCCCAUCUGAAGUGGAUAUUUUCACAAAUUCCAGCAAGACGAAGACCCGUUUAAAACCCUGUCUAUAUUUUUAAACUUCAGGCAUCUUUCUGCCGGUAUUUGCAGGGGCCACCGAGCAGUUUUUAAAGUGCGGGGGCGAAUAACCACCGCUUUUAAAGUGGGGGUGUGGUUGUCGGGGGUGCGGGGGUGGGCUCUAAAUAUACUGAAAUUACUUUUCCAAUAGGCCAUUUUACAGUUGUUUGCUCAGUGCCCGCUUUUCAUUUGCAAAUCUUGGUAUUCUCAUGCUAACAAGCCCGUGAACAUGAUCAUUUACAUAUGAAAAACAAGAAGCUUUGUGACAAAACAAGGUCACAGCCAUCCUCGCUUCUAUUCACAGGUUAAUUAUGGUUAGGAUCAGCAAAUUUAUUUGCCACGUCGGCAAGGAAAAUCAUUGCCAGUUCUCUCUUUGUGGCUAUUUAGUACUGUCAGAUUACUGAAGCUUUCUUGAAUAAUUGUUAAACGGAGCCGUGUUUUUAACCUUCAAGCCGCCGAAAAGGACCUUUCUCCUGCUGAGCCUGAUUGCACAUAGAGGGUUCAGCAGCAGAAGUUUGCAGAUGGUGACAAUUUCACUGAUUUAUCAUGAUCUUAUGAGGUUCUUGUGACCCAUUCAUUUUGUCUAGGAUGUCAUCGAAACAUGUAAUUUCACAACCAUUGAUCAAAACUUUCAAUUUCCAGUCGGGCUUUUAAUGCAUCGUGGACUACAUCAUCAGCAAAUAAAAUUCGUUUUAAGCAACCAUUAAGUUCCGUCAAUUAGUCUUCAAAUUUACCCUUUAAGUGCCAAUAUCAACAUACAAAUUCUCCAAACUGAUCUCCAUACAUUUCCUUAAAGAAUCAGUUGAGAGAAUUUAAUAACAGAUCAAUGUAUUUUCUCUUUGGUGAUCAUUUGUAAAUUAUCAUAACUGUAUCUCUUGACAAUUACUGGAUAUUGUUAUGAGAAAAUUGAUGUUGGUCACUAUCGGGACUAAUAGGGUUAACGGUGAACCUUGCAUCAAUGAAUUCCGCAUUGCUGCAGAAGCCUACGACUAAGUGCAGUUUUGUAAAGAUAGGCGUUUUGAGGCUUAUUAGUCAUCAGCUAUAUGAUCGGAGGGCCAAUAAUAAAUUUAGAUACUUUUGCGAGGUCCGCCAGCCGAACAUUCUUACUCCAACAAAGUUACUUUUUACUUGAAAAUGUCUAUUACUUUUUUUUUUUUUCAAAGAGUACUGGGGGAGGGGGGGGGGCUGCUCCCCAGCCCCUCCCUCUGCGCGGGCCCUGAAAUUGUUCGACCGAAAAAAAGAUCCAACCCUGUAUCUGUUAUUGGUGUAUGUAUUCAGUGGUAUAUCUGAAUACACACGGAAAAGGGUUAAGUUGAACUAAGGAUAAAAAUGAAUCAAUAAAAAUGAAUCAAAACUUGUACACCUGUUGUUUCGUAAAUAAUUAUCUUUUUUUCCUUUUUUACUUUAUCGCAGAAAACUAACAAGAUUCGAGCUGAGAAAAGAAUGCUUGAAGAGGAGAAAAAGGAACUUCAGAGAGAGUUGGCAAAUCUUAAGGCUGCUUUUGCAAAUCAUAAAUGCAAAAGACUGCCGGUGAUCAGCGACGAGUCCGAAUUUCUGAAUCUUCUUAUUCAAAUGACUCCGCCCACUUUUCAGUCAACCUCCAUGGGGAAGCAUAUUUGAAAGAAGAUUCCACAGUGACACCUCAACUGACUUCUGUUGAGAAAGUAUGAAAAACAAGCCGAUGACUCAGUACGUCUUUCUGAAGGGUACCCUCGAAUACAGUUCUUCAACCUUCAGUUCUGUGCUUAGGAAAAUAGCUGAAAUUUACUUCUGAGGUCAGGCCUGACGAACACUCCUUUUACGGAACUU